AUGUCGGGUAAGAAUGAUGGGGAACCUAAAUAUGAGAUUAUUGGUGAUGUAACGAAUGAAAAUUCUUGUGACAAUUCAAGAGGCAAUAAAGAAAAAGAUGAACCAAGCAGAAAUGUUUUAGAAGGUAGGAAUGGAAUGGAUGGAGGUGAUGGAGGUCUAGGAAGAUUUCCAAGUGGAAAUUCGAGUUUCAUAGAUGGUGGACAUAUAUCAGUAAAUUUGAACGAUGGAACGAUGAGAGAUAACAUUGAUAAUAUGGAAAGUGAUGAUGAUGGUCGGGAUGGUGAAAUUGAAAAAAAAUCUGAUGGAUUUGUGGUAAAUUAUUUAUUGGUUAGUCAACAUGCGGAUGAGAGAUCACAAGACGGCAGGUCAGAUGAAAUGUAA